AUGAAUUUUCAGUACAUUUUCCAUGGACGUAACAGCGACGUUGAAAUGGUCGAAUUCGUCAACGAAGCCCUGCUGAUUGUGAAGCAGAUUUUUCUUUGCUCGAAAAAACCGUUGGAGAAAAUUGGUUCAUUCUAUCUUAUGUAUGCACUGUACUUCAAACAACCGACGGGUCAGUUCUGCAAAAUUCGCGUUACCCUGGAGGAUUGGCGAGAACUGAAACGAUUCGCCGGUAAUCCCUGUCCUGGGCGGGAAUGUCCGGAAAUUGCCGUUAUUCUGUGGAAGCUAUUUAUAGGGGAUGGUUUUCGUUUUGUGCAAGAUGAAAAAGAGCAUGGAUAUGAUCCGUUUUUCGUUAAGGGACUUCAGACGAAACGGUUCGACGAUAAACUGCGCGAGUCUUACAAAAUAAUUCAGGAUGCUGAGAAGGAUUUUCGGACGAUGAAAUCCGGUUCCGGCUUGUUUACAGCGCUGGAUGCACUGGAAAUGGCUUACAACGAGAUGAAGGAGUCACUGGAUGAAACGGAAGCGUCCGGCAGUUGCAUCGAUAAAAUACCCCAAUCGAAUCUGAUGCAAAGCCUGCACAAAGACCUAGAGGAGGUGAUAAAAAUUCUAAACACGGAUGAACCGCUCACCGGACAGACCGGGGAAUCCGGGCCUGACGAACUUGGUGCGUGUUCGAGCGAAAAUAUCGGCGCCAAACGAUCAUCACUGCGGGAGAAAGCCUUCCGAAGGAAGGUUAACCGGAGGGAUUUACAAAUUGCCACUGCUGUUUCGUCCAAUGAGGGAAAUGCAGCAAUAGCAACGGCGACGACUGGGUCAAGUAGUAGCGGCAGUAGCAGUAGGACGCUUCGGCCUAGAGCUACAAAGAAGCGGGACGCCAAUACAUCGGUGAUGGUUGGCGAGCCAACGGCGGAAAUGAUGAGCACUGAUGAAGACUGAAAGGACUGAAAGGCAUGUAAGUAUUACGAAUGUGAUUGGAGCGAUUUUACAAAGAGUUUUUGUACUUGUAUAGAAUAAAGUAUAAGGUUUAAAGAACCUUUUUAGUUAUUUCAACCUAAAGAAUAUAUGUUGUAAAAAAAUAAAAGUAAACGUUGAUAUUGAUAUUGCCAAAAAUUAUAAAAUUAUUC